AUGGAUAAGAAGAGGCGAAGACAUGGAUCAAGGUGUGCUUCUACAUCACAAAUGACAGUUCUAACACUCUAUGUUUUCUUGUAUGGGAAGGCAUAUCUGGCUUUCUCAGGACUUGAUGAGGGGAUUAGUAGUAGAUCUAGAAUAUUGGUUCCAAUGGUUAUGGGUUUCAUACUUGAACUUGGACAACUCAAGGCCAUUUUCAGUUUCACUACAAUGCAACUUCAGUUAUGCUCUGUAUUCUUCACGUUCUCAUUAGGAACUAGAACUCAUUAUUUUGGAAGAACAAUCUUACAUGGUGGUGCUAAGUACAGAGCAACUAGUAGAGGUUUUGUUGUACAACAUAUAAAAUUUGCUGAUAACUACAGGCUCUACUCAAGAAGUCAUUUUGUGAAGGCGCUGGUAAUGACAUUGCUUCGUAUAGUUUAUAUUGGUUAUGGGUACACUAAAGGAGGUAGUGUUUCGUAUGUUCUGCUGACACUGAGCAGUUGGUUUCUUGUGGUUUCAUGGCUGUUUGUACCGUAUAUCUUCAACCCAUCUGGCUUCAAAUGGCAGAAAGUUGUGGAAGAUUCUGAUGAUUGGACUAAUUGGCUUAUGUAUAAAGGUGGAGUUGGAGUGAAAGGAGACAAUAGUUGGGAAUCCUGGUGGGAUGAAGACAUGUACAUAUCCAAACAAUCAGAGGGCGUGUACUUGAAACUAUCUUGA